AUGGCGACCCCAAAUGAGCAAAAUGUGCAAAGUGAAAUGGACAAAGUGUCUCCCAGUCCAUCAAGCAAUUCCGCAUCGGCGUUUGCCCAAAACUAUCAAAACAACAACCAAUGGGCACAUCUCAUGCCAUGUGAUUGUACUGUGCAACCGCACAAAUCACACAUCUUGGGAAUUGAGACAAACUUGUUGCAGCGCUCCAAGCGUGAGGCGUACAACCAAUUAAUGUGCUCCAAAACACAGCACCCGGACCAGGCGCCGGCCCAUCCACCGCCAAACUUACCGCCAACAUCACCAAAUCACUUCUUUGACGCAGAGCGGAUUUUUCCAAGCAAGCACAAGGAGAGGACUUCGAAGCAUACAACGCCCACAGUUGCGGCGGCAGCCCAAUGCCUCUACAACGAGGGAUACCACAACUACAAUGACAUUGCUGACUGGCUCAAAACACAGUUUGGGCUCUUGCCCUUCAAACACUUUACGAGAUUCCUAGCCCUACAACCACUAGAAGACAAAUCAUGGGCACAAUUUGGCAAUCGGCUACAGUGUGAGUACAUCCGAUACCUACCACUCAGUGCAAACAACCUACCGGGUCAAGAAAAAUCCAUCACUGCCGCACUCAUUGGCCAACUACUUGCAAUCACCACCAGAGGGCUCCACGCCCACCUAUACUCCAAGACGACCUCCGAUCGAGCCCUGACAUGGGUCGCAUGUCUCGCAUACACGGACAAAUAUUGCCGCAUGCACCUUAACACACCACGCGCAUCGCCAGCCCCGCAAAAUAUGCAACAAGGCAACCACCGACCAAAAACAAUGGCGUCCGAAACAUUACUGCAACCACCAUCAAUGGUACGUUCUCCACACAACCACCAAAUGCUCACUCGGGCAAAACCCAAGGCCCAACACAGCUACGGGCAACCAAUCCCCACAAAACCUGCAAUUGUGUACUUACCACCCAGGUUGCCUUGUCGCACACUUGACAGCAGACUGCUGAAACAACCCGGCCAAUCAGACGACAGCCUCACCAUCAUCAUUGGCAUCAAGGACAAAUGCGUCACAGCACUGAUCAACACUGGAGCCACCAGGUCAUUCAUGGCGACCAAUGUUGCAGCCAAAGUAGGGCUCACACCCCAUCUGACCAAAGCGAAGAUCUCCGCAGCCGUCUCACACAUCUCCUCUGACAUCAGCCACUCAGUAAGUACAACUUUUUCACUCGGUUCCGCUGACUACUGCGCAACCUUCUUCCUACUUGCGAGCGCGAGGUACCCAGUAAUUCUUGGCCUAGAUACACUGAAAAACCUCCCGUUUUGUGUAACUCUCGACGGCCAAAGAAUAUUUUCUGGGUUCCAAACCAUAAAACCGAUCAACAAAAUCCCACAAGCCAAAACCGGCAAAGGCAUUAAGUUUGUAAAUGGCUCUCCCGCCGAACAAAAGGCGGUUGCCCACCUACUCGCCAAAUACGUGGACAACAUCUUCCUAUGGUCUGGGAAACACGGCCUGUUUCCCCAACACGUCGCAUCCAUUCCGACAAAUGUCCAAGAUCACAAACCACCACGGCACAUCCGCCUGUUGCCCAACAAAAUACCAGCAAUGACAGAAAUCCUAGCCAACUACACCAAAGCCAGGAUCAUCAAACCCGUGCAAUCCAUGUCCAAAUUCCUGGCGGAAUCUAUCCACUUCUUGGGACACAUCAUUGACAAAACAGGAACGCGACUGGCAGACGAGCAUCUCAAAGCCGUACAAGUGUUCCCCAAACCUGAGACCACCAAGCAAAUGCAGAGGUUCUUGGGACUAGCAACAUACCUGCACUUGCACGUACCAACAAAUUUCACAAAUCUCGAGAAAACACUACACAACACGAUCCCUGUGAAACCAGCUAUGGUGCUCAAAUGGAUGCCAGAAGCAGAGGCCACCUUUGAAUCCUUAAAACAGGCGAUCACCAGCGCCACGCGGCUAGAACAAUUUGAACCACAGUGGGACACCGAAAUCCACUGCAAUGCCUUGGCCACUGCCAUUGGCGCAAUCCUGGUCCAGAUUGACCACGAUGGACAACCACACAUCAUCAAAUACGCAAGCAGAGUCCUGACGCCCGCUGAGACCCACCACAAGGCACUAUUAGGAGAGCUUGUUGACAUGAGACUCAUCGCUCUCUGCCUAAAACUGGAACCAUUCCAGCAUACGUUUGUACACUGGCCGGGCAAAACCCUCACAGAGCCAGAUGCCCUCAGCCGAAUCCAGCUCAACAGCAUACAACUCCGUGAAGUACCCAAUCCUGGGCAACGCGCAGAAAUCAUUGACCAAUAUCAUGUGGAAAUGGGCCACACCAACUGGAAAAAGACCUUUGACACAAUCCGCAAAAGGUUCACCUGGCCUGGCAUGCACACCGAAAUAUUUCAUCACGUCAUACAAUGCGCCAAAUGCUUCACAUUCAACUCCGCAACCGCCGCAGUGGGUACCACACUCAUACCUGUCCCGCCAGCAGACAAACAUGACCAACUCGGAGUCAACUUCUGGGGACCAUUCCCCCCAUCCACAAAGGGCAACCGAUACACCAUAGUAGCCAUCGACUACUACUCACAGAGAGUAGUCACCACACCUGUCAAACGCGCAACAGCGAAUGCCCUAUGCAGCUUCCUAGCCGACGUUUUUGCCCAAUUGGGCACCUAA